AGCGCCCAGAGACCAACCCAGUCCCUGAUCCCGCUUGUAGUCAACCCACGUUUGGAAGAGAUAAGGCUUUUGCGGCAGUGUCCUAGAAAAUGAAGUCAUUCAUAGAGGUUUCCCCCGAAAGUCAUUUCCCCAUUCAGAAUCUACCGUACGGGAUCUUCUCGACAGCUGACAACGCAACUCAUCGUAUUGGUGUGGCAAUUGGUAAUCUAAUUUUGGACCUUUCGGUGAUCUCAAACUUGUUUAAUGGACCGCUUCUCAAGACACAGCAACAAGUGUUUCAGCAGACCACCCUCAAUCGGUUAAUGAGCCUGGGCAAUGAGGCAUGGAAGGAAGCCAGGUCAACCCUGCAGACGUUACUGAGUGAAAGUAACUCGGCUCUUCGUGAUGACCAGAAACUUAGAUCCAAAGCUUUUGUGCCCCAGAGUUCUGCUGCAAUGCAUCUUCCAGCUGACAUUGGGGAUUACACGGACUUCUAUUCCUCUAUUGAACAUGCAACUAAUGUGGGCACGAUGUUUCGAGGCAAGGAUAAUGCCCUAAUGCCAAACUGGAAAUAUUUACCAGUUGGUUACCAUGGUAGAGCUUCGAGUGUAGUCGUGUCUGGUACACCCAUCCACCGGCCAAAUGGCCAAACCCGUCCAAAGGAUGACGAACCCCCUGUAUUUGGGCCAUGUCGACUGAUGGAUUUUGAACUUGAAAUGGCCUUCUUUGUUGGCCCAGGGAACACAAUGGGAGAGCCUAUCAACAUAAAGGAUGCCCACAAGCACAUAUUUGGCAUGGUUCUCAUGAAUGACUGGAGUGCACGAGACAUCCAGAAAUGGGAAUACGUUCCUCUUGGUCCAUUCUUGGCAAAGAACAUGGGAACAACAAUUUCUCCAUGGGUGGUGACCAUGGAGGCACUGGCACCUUUUACAGUAGACAACUAUGUUCAAGAUCCUCAACCCUUCCCAUAUCUUAAACAUGAAGAUAAAUAUACCUAUGACAUCAAACUUGAAGUGGGAAUUAAAGCGGAUGGUAGUGAUCAUGUAGGAACUGUGUGUCAAAGCAACUUUCGCAACAUGUACUGGACAAUGAAGCAGCAACUGGCUCACCACACCAUCACAGGCUGUAACACUCGCCCUGGAGAUCUGUUGGCUUCUGGCACCAUAUCAGGACCGACUGAAGAUUCAUAUGGGUCAAUGUUGGAACUGUCAUGGCGUGGGAGUAAAACAGUUGACAUUGGCAAUGGAGCCACUCGUAAGUUCCUUCAAGAUGGAGAUGAAGUGGUAAUAACUGGCUAUUGUCGAGGUGAUGAUUUCAGGGUUGGUUUUGGCCAGUGUACUGGCAAGGUUCUUCCUGCUCUCUCUUUGAAAUAAAAGUCCAAGCCUUGGGAUACUUCAGUUGUUAAAAGUUCUCUAUUGCUUGUGGCUAUUUAGAUUCCUGGUCCAAAUAUUAGUGGUUUGGGUAGAUGUGUAUUACAAAUCUUAGAACUAUUGCAUUCCUAGAUUAAUUAUCCAUUAAACUGUUAGAUAAUUCUUGCUUUGUUUAAGUUACUGAGUACCCACUAAACUGCUGAUUUAAAUGUCAGUAGUGAAAUGGGAACUUGCAGUUUAAGUUUGUCAGUAGGAAGAGGAUUACUCAACUAUUCAUUUGCAUAAACCAGUCUUGAGGUUUUCAGUUCAAACCAAAUUUAACCCUGAUUAUUAUAUUAGUUAUAUUAUUUUCAAGAAAUAGUGAUAUUCAUAUGUCCUAUAAAAAACCCAACCUGAAAUUGCUCUUAUGGUUUCUGAUGUUGUGAAUCCGAUGUAUGGUUUUUAAAUUAAUACUUAUUUUUAGAGAAUACAGGUGACAGUUCUGUGCAUAGAUGCUGUUCAUUUAAUAAUUUCAAAUAAAUAUAACAUAAAAAUAA